CUUUGGCGCAAUCCCGUCAGAGGCAAGAUUCUUCACAUCUAGUUCUCAAGCCGAUAAGAUGUUCAUAUCUCAACAGGAAGGGUUUCUUUAUUCGGCACAAGAAAUGCGAUACUCCGAAAAGAAUCGCGGCGUUGGCUUUUCCUUUACGAAUCCAUUUCGAUAAUUUCCCUAGCACACAGGACGAAGGCUACACCCAGAUAUGCAUGACCGUCUCGUUUUUCCUUUUUCCCAGGUAGGUAUAGAAAGUUGAGCGAGCUGCACAACGCCUUCCUAGCCCAUUUAAGUUCCAGGCUGCGUCGUCGGAGUAAGCACAAGUAGUAGAAAUAAGACCCACGUUCACGUUGCGCUGUAUUCUGACAAGAACCUCCCUACAUCUAAGAAAUAUGUUUGGAAGUAAUCCCAGCGGUAUUCUACAACCAGGCAGGACCGCGAGCUCUUCUUCCAGCGCGAAUAACGCGACCCGAUCCGGGUUGUUUGCCUACCAAGAUUCUUUACAGCAAGGAAACAUCAAUGUGCAGCCACCGGUAGCGAAUCGAAGAGUCCUGUCGCCGAGCAAGGUAGACGAGGCCCGGCCGCCGGGCACGAAAGUGGCCCAGACGUUCGCCACGCGGUUGUUUGACAACAUUCAGCGCGAGAAUGUGAAGUGGGACAAUGACAAAAUGUGGCGGCAAUACCAGGGCAAGAAGGAGAUGGAGGAAAGACGGAAGCACGGGCGGAGUAAUUCUUCCUCGGAUGAGGAACGCAAUCCGCAUGAACGGGACCGUCAGAAGCAAAUCGCCAGCAAACUCGGGUUGACAGCACUUUUGGGUGGGAGUCCGGAACAAGGGGAGUCGGCAGUGAAUAAUCUUCAUCUUCCGGGUAGUAGUUCUAAUCCCCACGUCGACCAGGCGGUGAAAAGUAGUAGUAGCAGGCAAAAUAAGUCCGCGCAGCUCGGCCCCCCGCCUUCACUGCGGGGCGCGACACCGAAAAGUGGAGGCGGAAGUAGUAAAGCCGCUGGCGCACCAUUUUCGAACACGGGCAACAAGCACCAAAAUGGAACAGGGCAUAAAGAUGUGGUAAGCAAGAAACGACGGAAAUCGCAGAAGAAAGCGUCGGACCGCGAGUCCUCGUCGGACAACGGCACUGCCUCGGACGGGAGAGCGAAAAAACGCCGACGGAAAGAAGGGCACAAUAACAACGAGAACGGAAAAAUAAAGGCCGUCGGAAUUAUUCAGCCAGGAACAAGCAGCGGAACAAGGACAACAAGGGUAAUAGAGCCAGCACAAGAACAUCAAAUCCGCCUGCGCGGCCGGGGCCACGCUGCUGUCCGGCUGAAAAGACGAAGUAUAUCGCAUUCCGAUGACUUCCAGAAGGUGGAGCAAAACGACGAGAAUGCACUGCCUCCUAGCAUUGUGCCGCCAGUAGAGCGCACUGGGGCCUCGUGGAAGAAAGCAAAAAAGCGACAUGUUGCUGAGGAGCGCGAAGAUGAGGUUCCAGCAGACAAUUUCUCUUCGGAGGAGGAGCCGCAGCGCGGACGAAAGCUCGAGAAGGAGGUAAAGAAGAGCGGAGUAAAUCGCGGGAAGAUGAAAAAACGGCGGUCGUCAAAAAAAGACAAGAAGUCAAGAUCGCCAGUCCACGUCAAGAAAAGGAGGCGAGAGCAGAUGGAAGAAAUCCAAUCCUCCUCCUCGUCCAGCAGGAGCAGCGACGGAAAUCAUCGCGGUCGCGAUGUUGCGCACAACCACCAGUCCAGAAAAAGCAAGAAAUCGCCGAAGAAGAAAGGCCGGAAAAAGUCCUCCUCGCCCAAGAAAAAGAAGACCUCCCGCCGAAGAGACCGAGACGCAUCUUCAUCUUCGGCGGGUUCAGAGCAGCAGCAACAGCAGCAGCCUCUCCCUCAGCAUCAUCACUAUGCGACAGCGGUACUUCCGCUGCGGUAUGUGGCUCCACCUAUGCCUCCUACGAAUUUCCAGUGAGAAUAUACUGAAAAGAAGCAUACAACUUUUUAGCAUCCUACAUUUUGCAGCCUGAAAUGUCGUGUGUUGUGUGCAUUUCAGUUUGGCCAGAGAAAUGUUUAGAAUUACAGAUUGGGCGAUAUUGUA